UCAGUCUCCAGCAAGGCUGUGAGGAUUCUUCAUAGCACCUUAAACAGAAGAUGCUUGAGUUUCUCUGCUGCUGUGUGGAAACAGGGUUUAUCUUCACUCAUCAGCCUCCUGAGGAGAGCCAAUGAGCAGAAGGCAGAAUUGCUCAGCUUGUUUCCUCAGUGUUUGCCUGGUUCUCAGCACAGGAAGCUCUGUAAAAUGCUCUGAAAAGUCAGAAAGAGGAACCUCUCCAGCUUUGAGCAGCCAGUCAAUCAGGAGCAUGAACAGCUAAAGGAGAGGCAUGGGAAAGGGAGGAGAGGAAACACUGACACUGGCUGCUGGGGAUGUACUGGCAGGCAAGAAAUGCUCCCCAUGACCACAGUUAAGUUGGUGGAGGGAUAGAUGGAGUGACGGAGCUGCCCAUGAAAGCAGGAACCAACAUGAAGAUUGCUGGGAAGACCGUGCUUGUUUUUGUGCUGCUCUCCAUCACCAUGGUCAUGACAUUAGCAGGGAGCAACAUAAUGUCAAUGACUGUGGGUGACAGUUCAGUUCUCACCUGCCUUAUCAAAGGACAAGUAAGUAUGCUAACAUGGACAAUAACUCCCAAGGUCGGAGACCCUUGCACUUUGGUAUACAGGAUUGAUACAAACACGACAUACAGAGCAAACUGCAGUGACAACAUCAACUUGACAUUCAGAGCAGGUCUGGCUCCUGCCCUUGAGAUACAGCAAGUGGAAAUAGCCCAAGAGGGAAUUUAUCUCUGCGAUGUGGCAUCAACAGAUGGGAAUUUCCGCAGGAUGUACAAUCUGACCGUGCUGGCCCCCCCGAGGCUGAGCCUGUACUGUGACGAGCAGGGCAGCCCCGUGUGCGAGGCAGCGGUGGGGAAGCCGCCGGCUCAGCUCUCGUGGGGCCCAGAGAGCAGCUCCACUGCAGAGGAGGAGCACCACGACAACAGGACAGUGACUGUUCUCAGCAAGUUCACAGCGUGUAGCACCAAUGUGAGCAAUGUGACCACCUGCAUGGUGUUCCACCCAGCUGGGAACUGGAGCCAGUCCAUAGCCUGCUGUCCCUCAGAGAAAAACAGCUUUUUCCUGCACAUCGGCAUUAUUACUUGUGUUCUGAUCAUUAUCACCUUGUUGGCUGCCAUUUGCUAUUUCAAGCUCCACAGUGAUAGACUGUGCCACAAAACCAAGCCUCCUGAAAUUGCUCCUAUACAUUCCCAACAGGAUGACACAAUGGAAGUGGAACCUUAUACUACUUAUGUGCAGAAGGAAAAUGUGAUCUACAACUCAGUGUCUGAUCUGACAGUGGGGCAGAAUCUUCCACAAGACCUGUGCCUAGAAACAUGAAUGAUUCAACAACACCAGAAAAGGAAACAGAUACUUUAUAGAAGACUGGUUAUAGAAAGAAACUUGUCAGAGCAUUUCUUCAGAUUUUGGGGCAGCAUAAAUCACUAGGUGUAUUCAAACACCUCUGCUUGCUGCGGAGUCCAUAGUGCUUUUUUUCCCCCUUUUGCUUUCUUCCUUGGGAAAAUGUGUUAUUCCUUGGGAAGAUGUUAUUGACCACACACCACAGUUUUUCCUGGAAAAGAACCUGUGACCAGUCUUCCCUUCACUGUUCUUGCCUUGGAGAUCCUAGUUUUGUCAAUCACUUGUAGUUGUUAUUUUCAUGCACUUGACACUAUGACGCACACAUUUGGGAGACCAGAGGAGUGUUCUGUCUGAACUAAAACAAAACACUCUUCCACCAACAGCCACUUUUUUCUAAUACAUCUGUUAAUAACACACGACCUGGGUACUGAUUAUCACUGAAUACCUCAAAUAGCAGAAGAUAAUGGUAUGGAAGACCUAGUUCUGAAAAAGGAAAUAAGGGAUAAAUUUAGAAGGUCGUCCACUAAGAAGGAGACUGCACUAGGAUGACUAAUUCACUUGUUAGGUUCAUAUCCAGUAUUUUGAGAUGCCAUUAUGGGACGUCAUCCAGAAGAAUCUGGAUAAGGUUGAUAAGUGAGCCAAUGGGAAUCUCAUGAGGUUUAACAAGACCAAGUGCAAGGUGCUGCACCCGGGUUGGGAUAACCCCUGGAAUCAACACAGGCUGGGGCAUGAACAGAUUGAGAGCAGCCAUGCUGAGAAGGACUUGGGGUGGAUGAGAGGCUGGCCAUGACCCAGCAAAGUGCACUUGCAUCCCAGAAAACCAACUGUGUCCUGGGCUGCAUA